UCAAGGAGAAACUUUUCUGAACAGAUACAUCAUGUGACUUGGGCAAGACAAACAGUUGUGUGUACACAGCUGCCAUGUCGAACUGGAUCCUGUGGACAACCAACUGGCAACUCCUGUCCAGUGCAUCAGUCAGAACCCUCCCCCAGGAUACAGCACCAACAUCUGACCCAGCUACAGCCGAUACAGUACUCUCAGACAAUCAGUUACGAGCCAAGUCAACAACUGCAACAACACACCUUGUACCAGCCUAUGACUGUCACUACGCCACCCUUGCAUCAUUACCCUUCCUCCACUCCCUAUCUCAAUAAUCCUUCCCUUCCGUUGUUGGCCACCUCUCCAUCUUACCCUGCCCCUGUCUCCGCCUCCACCCCAGCUCCUGUCCUGGAUGAUCUCUCCGCUGUCGACCCAGGAGAAGACAACGCCUCCGAAGUCUGAACCCACUUACCCGGCAGAGGGCUUUGACUACUUCCUUGAGAUUCAGAACCUCCUCAUCUCAGAGCAAUAUCCUCCUGGUGUCUCUGAAAAUUACAAGAAAUGUUUGAAGAAAACGGUGCAUUUGUAUGUUUGCAGGUGCAUGAAUGGUAAAUUGUACCACAACAGAAAAAAACCGAAGGAAGUUAUCAUGAGGAAGGAUCAACAAGAGGAUAUGCUCUCUGAUAUCCAUGUUAAGAAUUCUUUUAAUAUUGAAAAUUGUUUGGCAGGAAUUCACCUGGGUGUGAAGAAAAUGUUUCAACAAACACACAUGAAGUACUUCUGGCGAGGAAUGUACACUGAUGUAGUGAGUUUUGUGAAGAAGUGUGAACAAAGUGCUCGGACCCCCACGGCUAGAGCCGGUGGGUGUGAGGCGGAGUGCGAGAAGGAUGGAGGAGGAACGGGAGGAGAGUGGAAGUGCAAAUGCAUGGGCCAUACAAGAAGACAUGCAACCGUAACGAGUACAUUCCUGACAAUGGCUGACCCAGACUCGCGGUGGUGCUGUGCCAAGGCUGUGCCUGCCAGCGGACACCCUAAACCCACCUUGGCAGAGUUUUGUGUUCAGCUCGUUCUGAGGUGUCAUCACAAGUUCCCAGAGUCUCCGUUCUCAGUUCUGUUCAGCCAUAACCCUCUGGCCUUCCUGACGCCCGAUGAUGACAAGGAGAACAUCGAUGGCAACAAACCCAGUUAUCACCUCCGCCAUAGGAAACCUUACACUGGAGUCAUUCAGUGCAGGCAGUGUAGCUGUGUGUUCACAUCGAAGAUUUCGUUCCGCAUCCACCAGCGGAAGCAUCUGGUCGAGGCUGGCCACAGGAAACAUUUACUGGCGAGGAAGAGAAUACCGAAACCGAAGAAUGUAAUGUUGAUUUUGCAGAUGUCAACAGUUUUAUCAACCCAGCCUGAGGUGCAGGUAGCAGACAGCUGGAAGGAGAGAGAGAGCACAGUCUCAGCUGUGAAGGCGUUGCUGAUGGCUACGAAGGAGGAACGCCGCCGACGCGGCAAGUACCACAAGUAUACUGCAGAGCUGCAGGAACAGAUGGCAGCAUAUGCGGUCACCCACGGUAACCCCCAGGCAGUGCGCUACUUCUCGGAACGGCUGGGGACCAUGGUGAGUGAGAGCACUAUCCGCAACCUGGUCAAGGUGCACAACGCGUUCACACCUGCCAUGAAGGAGGAGAUUGGUCGGUUUGCGGCAAACUACAGUGUGGAGUCUGCGGCCAAAUCCUUCUCAGAGUGGCUCAAGCGUGACGUCUCUCAGGCACUGGUUCGGAAGUUCAAGACAAUGUACCUGAACAAGAGGUCAGAUGGUGCAAAGCAACAGAAGGAACGACAGUUGAAAGUGAAUCAGGCAAAGAGGAACGAUUUCAAACAGAAUAGUGAUGCAAAAUUUUCGGCUGGUAAUACCACAGUGUGCUACCAGACCACUGCCUCAUCUUCGGUCAUCACUUCUCAGAGCAAUGGUUCUUUUAACUACCACACGAUGCAGAACUUCCCCACACCAGUGCCUAUGUCUCAGUCUGCCCCUCCACCUUAUCCAAUGGCUCUGUUGAAGAUGUCCGCGGAGAAAACUGCCAUAAGUAACAUCCCCCUUUCACAUCAAAGUCAGCAAACCCAAACGUGCCUUAUUCCACAGCAUUCACUGUUGUUGACUCAGGACAGAAGUAACCCUCUUCUAUCACACUUUAUGGCGACUUCACAGCCUCUGCAACAAACAUUACUGACUAUAAUUCCCGAAAAAGAAUCCCAAAAAGUUGAUGAGAGUCAAGAAAUGAUUAGUAGACAUAGUUUACAAGAAGGUUUCAACACUGGUGAGUACACUCAGGAGAGUAUUCCGAUGGUGACAGAACUACUCACUGAACAUGAAAAAGAGCAAGAAAUGUUAAGCAAAUUAAGCUCGAAAAACUCAGAAUCGAGUGAAGCGGAGGAAACAGUAUUAACUAAGAAACCGGCAGUAAAAAAACAGGUUAAGAAAAAAGAGAAGUGCUCAAAAAAGCGUGGUACCUACACUGCUUACAGCCCAGAAAUAAGAGCCGAGAUCGGAAAGUAUGCUGCUGAGCAUGGUAGUAUCAAGGCCUGUCAACAUUUUGCAAAAAUCUUGGGUCACGAUGUUCCGGAGAGUACAGCCAGAGGCCUGAAAGAAAAGUAUUUAAUGAAAAAGAAACAUUGUCAGGUAACAAGUUUAGGAUACUCACAGAGAGGUCGGCCAUUGCGGCUUGGAAAGUAUGAUGAAAUCGUACAAGAGUGUCUUAAAGAACUUGUUCGUUCAGGCGAGAAAGUUUCCUCGUUUUUAGCCAUAACGACAGCCAAACAAAUUCUUAAUAAAUACGAACCUGCUUUAUUAGAAGAGAAUGGAGGUUCAUUGAAACUCAACACAACUUGGGCAAAAUCAUUCCUGAAGAGAAUUGGUGUCCAUAACAACUCAUAACAUAAACAUUUUAGAAUUACUCUUAAGGCAUGACUGAUAUUUUUAAUUUAAAUUGUAAGAGGUCUUUUUUAUGAGCUUAGCUCGGCUUAGGUCUUCCAGUAAGUUUAACGUUAGGAUUAAUGUAGCUAUGAUGGAAAGGGUUGAUUCAACGUGAAUGUUGUGUUUAACUUGUGAUAAAAAGCAGUACAUGCAGUUUUUUUUGGGGCAGUUAUAAUAAAUUAUUGUGCUGGCGAUGGGCCCUUGACUCUUAUUAUAAUUUGGGUAUCGUAUUCUGGAACCUAAAACGGGGCUCAGUUUUGAGCCCGUUCGCAAUUCCCCAGAGAUCUGAGGAUUAGGCCUUGUAUGCUCCAGCCAGCUUUGAUUAUUUAAAUUAUAUUCAAAAAAUUAAAAAUAAAUCAAUUAAUAAACUAUUGUAUUGAACUUUCCCAUGACCGAUUGGUUACAACAAUACCACCUAGCCGCCUGUCCAUCCCCCAGACUCCAAAUUCCCCUAAAUAAAAAAAAAAAAGUUUAUCUCACAAUUGUUAGCUGCUACGAGAAAAUAUAUUUAAAAUAUUGGGUAUAACUAUAUCUAAAAUAUAUAAGUUAUUGAGAAGGGCACUGGGUUCAUCUCCUUCCACCAUAUUCAACACAAUUGUUCCCUGUCAUGUCGGAACUCGGUACACUACAGGAAAGGAUGCAGGGAGGAGAAGGCUUAUCUGCAGUACAGACUGCUGACUUUUCACUCUCCUACGCAGAGAGCACUGAUUCUUUUGUGCAGGGAUUUUAAAAGUCAGGGCUGACCCGGUACAAAACAUGACUCCUGGAAUCUGGAGUCAUGUUUCUCUUUGAAGAGUUACAAAAAUUGUUGGUGACGAAGAAUCUCUAAACGAACUCUUAUAUCGUUUCGACAUCAGAGACACUUGGACUACAAAAUAUAAAAAGUAUAAUAUAGUCCAGGUGAAUAGGUCUCCUAGAUUACACUUUAUUUUGUGGUCUAGGUGUCUCUGAUGUUGUGAAGAGUUUGUUUUGAGAUUCUUCUUCAUCAACUAUAUUUGGAUCAUCUUCAGAUGAACAUGACUCCAGAUUCCAGGAGUUAAGUCUUUGACAGCAUCAGAUUCCAGAUACUGCUCUACGAGGAAGGUGGACUGGAGCUAAACACAACAUUCACAUUAAGAUUAAUGUUAUAUUGUACUUAAUAUGCUUUGGAUUGGUUUGUGAUGAAAUUAUUAUCUAGAGUUUUGUCCAUGAUAUCAGGUGACUGGCAUGAAUUAUGGGUUAGAAAGCUCAAAACAAAUUAGGUCAGUAGAACAAUUUCUGAAUUGUACCCAUUUUAGAGCAUGAAAUUGUUUACUUUCUUCUGAAUCACUGAUUUUUUGGUUAAGUUUUAGAGUUAAAAGUACAUCACUGGAUUCAGAAUAGAGUGUUAAUCAAAAACUUUGUGUUAGUACAAAAAUGCAUAAAUGUAGUUUUAAGUGUAAACAUUGAGAAAGUAAAUUUAAUUCUUGAACAUUUUGUAUUGUAAUUUUCAGUAAGAAAAUAAGAUCUUUAUUAAAAGAUCAGGAAUUUUUUGUCUAUGGGAGAGUUAAAGAAAUGAUCCAAAACUAAUGUUUUUAAACCUUUUAUUUUGAUCUUUUUUUCAAGAAAAAGGAAGAAAAUUCUCUCUUAGUCUUAUUCUGCCUGUCCUCAUGAGUCACUGGUAUGUGUCAAGGUCCGUAUCAUAGAGAAUAAGGGUAAGGGGGGGGAUAUAGUAAAAAGUCAAAAAUACUGAUAAAAAGUGCCAUAGUCACAGACAGAAUCAAUCCUGCGCUAUUUCCAAGGUCUGAUACCUUAGACUGUACGACCACAAAAUUUCUCACAUCUGUUUCAUGAACUAGGAAAUACUGUAAACUGCAUUUGAAGCAUAAUAGCAAAUAUUUCUAACGUUGAAAGGGAUGAAUGUAAAUUUUUGGGCACUUCGACUAGGCAAUAAUGUUUGUACAUUCAGUGUUACAACAUAUUUCUGGAGUGUUGACCUUAGUCCACUUUUCUUGCUCCAAAUCAACAGGGCAACCGUAUGCAUAAAUAAAUUUUAUUGCCAUCUGCCUGAUUUUGUGGCCGAGACUGUAAAAACAAUUAAACCCAAUCCAAGUAUUGAAGUUUUGAUUUCUAUUUGGAUAUGAAAUGAAGAUUUAUGUUAUUAAAAGUUUAUUUGUAAUUUUAUUCUACUGUUAUUACAUAUAAAGCUAUUGUGAUAGCCAGAUUACAGUUUUACAUACUUACAGUUUCGGUGGGAACAAAUCUAUUUAAUAAACCAAUUCAGCAAAGUAUUGAAGAACAUGACAGCACGUAACAAAAGAGUUAUCACACAGAUGGACAGACAUAUGAACUGACUGAGGUUUUACCUUUUGAUUCAAA